AUUAGGUCUCAGCCGAGUCAAUUGAAAUUGUCACUCUUUGUUUAUUCAUUCAAUUUCAUGAGUCCAAGCUUUGUAUUAUAUUAAUUUAUAAUAUUAUUCUUGUCACUUAUUCCUUUCUUUGCUAUAUCCAUCAAUUUAGUUUAUAAAUACUCUUCGCACCUCCAAUUCCAUUAUACUCGGAGCCAUAACCAUUUAAACUCAAGCUAGUUCAAUUCCAACUAAUUCAAUUCUAUUAUGUUUAAAGGUUUAUUCAAUUUCUUCUCCCUUUUCUUCUUGCUAGGAGCAGCACUCUUACUAUUUUUCUCCAAUUUGAAUGGUGCAGCUGAAUCUUCAGUAUUGGGUCGUUUCUAUUGGCUUGAAGUUGAUACUUCAGGUUUACAAGGUUUCCCUCAACAAACCACUCGUUGGACCUUAUAUGGUACUUGUGGAGUUGCUAAUGGUAAAAAUUCUGAUUGUACUAAAACCAAGGCAGCAUUCCCUUUCUCCCCCGUGGAUAAUACAGGAAAUUCAUCUGAUUUACCAUCUGAUUUUGUUGAAAAUCGUGAUACUUACUAUUAUUUGACUAGAAUAUCUUAUGCUUUUCUUUUAGUUGGUGUCUCCUUCACUGUCUUUGCAAUUUUAUCAUCAGUCGUUUUACCAUGUAUUGGUAUAUAUUUUGUGACUCCAUUAUUGACAUUCAUAGCUUUAUUGUUCACCAUAACUGCUGCAGCAUGUCUUACUGCUGCAUAUGUCAAGGGAAGAAAUCAAUUUAACAAUGCCGGUCAUACUGCUAAAUUAGGUAGAUUAUCAUUUGGUUUGCUUUGGGCUUCUGUUGCUUGUUUGAUUCUUUCAUUUGUUGGAUCCAUUUUUGCUUGUUGUGCUGGAUUGGCAUCUCGUCGUAAAUCUCAACCAGUUUAUGAUCCAGAGACCUAUGACAAGGACAAUUUCAGUGAUUCUUCUUACCGUCAUGUUGUUGAUGAGCAUACGUAUGUUAAUGAUGAAAAUGAUGUUCAAGCAGAUGCUGCCGCUCCAACCACAACAGCUCCAGAUACUUCAGCAGGAACAUUUAAAUUCUUUAGAGUGAAUAGGAAAAAGAAUGAAGAAUUUGAGACUUAAAAUACAUUUUAGUGUCGAGUAUUGACUGGUCCUGGGGCUUCGUCGAUUCUAUAUCAUCGUGGAUUUGGUCCAUGUUAGCAGUAUUACAUUUCGGGAUACCCCAUAUUGCUUUAUUCGAUAAAAAUAUUACUGGCUAAACCAGACUUUGGCUGCACCUCAGGCCACUAUUAGAUUACUGAACACCUUUUUUAAAGUUGUCCAACUAUUCAUAUUCUCCUCUAGAGUAGGUAUUAUUCUUAUAUUUUUAUUAUUGCUAUCAUUCAUUUAUUUGUUAGCCGCGUUAUCUCUCAGUUCAAUAAAGCCUAGUUUAUUCGUAUGUACCUUUUAUAAACAUUAUUUAAUUUUAACGAUUAUAAUACUAAGUCAUUAUGAAAAAUCCUAAUGGUAAUUGACUAAUUGAAUAAUUUAAUCUAAACAAUCCC